AUGUCGAGCGGCGAAGCAAAGGUUGAAGAAGAGAACUCGAUGGACUAUGAUGACUCUAUAGCUAAUAAUUCUCCAACCAAUUCUAACGCACAAGGAGAAGUAGAAGAUGAAGAAAGCAUGGAUUAUGAGCAAGACCCUCUAGAAAGAAAAUUCGAGCCAGACUCAUUUAAACGAUUUGAGAUGUUGUUGAAAAAAACUGAAAACUUUUCACAUUGUCUAAGUGCUGGUGAUGUAGCAGCGUUCAAAGCCGGAUCUCCUAUUAAAAAGAAAAAGGGCCGUCCUACUAAAGCCGAACUCGAUGGAGAUCAUAGACACAGAAAAACUGAACAGGAAGAAGAUGAAGAGCUGCUUGCUGCAGCUGACAAAGAAGAGAGUAACACUGUCAUAUUUUCUGAAAGUCCUUUCUAUAUCAAGAAUGGUGAAAUGAGAGAUUAUCAGAUUCGUGGUUUGAACUGGCUUGUUUCACUUCAUCAUAAUGGAAUUAACGGUAUUCUUGCAGAUGAAAUGGGUUUGGGUAAAACUCUGCAAACUAUUUCCCUGCUCGGUUAUAUGAAACAUUACCGUAACAUGGGAAGUCCCCAUUUGGUUAUUGUCCCCAAGUCUACAUUGAGCAACUGGAUGAAUGAGAUGGCUAAAUGGUGUCCUUCACUCGUGACUUGCUCUAUCAUCGGAGAUGAGACUGAAAGAAACAAAGUUUUGCGGGAUGUUAUUCUACCCCAAAAGUUCGAUGUGUGCUGCACAACAUAUGAAAUGGUUUUGAAAGUAAGAUCUCAGCUCAAGAAGUUUGUAUGGAAAUACAUCAUCAUUGAUGAGGCUCACAGAAUCAAGAACGAGAAAUCUAAGCUGUCAGAAGUUGUUCGUGAGAUCAAAUCUAAGAAUAGACUUCUUAUUACCGGUACACCACUUCAAAACAAUCUCCAUGAACUAUGGGCUCUUCUCAAUUUCUUGCUCCCUGAUAUGUUUUCUUCUUCGGAAGAUUUCGAUUCAUGGUUUACCGACGGAAGUAUGGCUGGUAAUACCGACAUCAUUCAAAGACUUCAUAAGGUUCUUCAACCUUUCCUUCUUCGUCGUAUCAAAACUGAUGUCGAGAAGUCUCUUUUACCUAAGAAGGAAGUCAAAGUAUAUGUCGGCUUAUCCAAGAUGCAACGUGAAUGGUACACUAAAGUCCUUCUUAAAGACAUUGACGUUAUAAACGGUGCAGGAAAAGUUGAAAAAGCCAGAUUGAUGAAUAUUCUCAUGCAUCUCCGUAAAGCCGCUAACCAUCCUUACCUAUUCGAUGGUGCUGAACCAGGACCACCAUACACUACUGACCAACACUUGGUCGAUAACUGCGGAAAAAUGGUCAUACUUGAUAAGCUUCUCUUCAAGUUGAAACAGCAAGGAUCUCGCGUCCUCAUUUUCUCUCAAUUCUCUCGAAUGCUCGAUUUAUUGGAAGAUUACUGCUGGUGGAAAGGAUAUAAAUACUGUCGUCUUGACGGUAGCACCGCUCAUGCUGAUCGUCAAGAAAUGAUUGACCAGUAUAACGCUCCUGACUCGGAGAAGUUUAUUUUCAUGUUAACCACCAGAGCUGGAGGUUUGGGAAUUAACUUGGCUACUGCUGAUGUUGUAGUCAUUUAUGAUUCCGAUUGGAAUCCACAAAGUGAUCUUCAAGCCCAGGAUCGUGCUCACAGAAUCGGUCAGAAGAAGCAGGUGAAAGUUUUCCGUUUCAUUACUGAAAACACUGUGGAUGAACGCAUUAUUGAAAAGGCUGAAAUGAAACUUCGUCUUGAUAGCGUGGUCAUUCAACAGGGAAGACUGGCAGAAGCUUCGAAAACUCUUGGAAAAGAUGAUAUGAUCAAUAUGAUCAGACACGGAGCUGAACAAGUUUUCGCUUCCAAAGAAUCUACAAUUACUGAUGAGGACAUUGAUUCUAUUCUGGAGAAAGCUGAAAAUAAAACUGCUGAGCUUAAUGCCAAGAUGGAGGAACUCGGAGAGAACAAUCUCCGAAAUUUGACUUUUGACAACAAGGAGUCUGUUUAUAAAUUCGAAGGUAAAGACUGGAGAGGAAAGCAGUCUGAUGGAACGGGUGUUUUCUGGAUUGAGCCUCCUAAACGUGAAAGAAAAGCAAAUUAUCAAGUUGAUGCUUACUUCCGUGAAGCAAUGCGUGUUGGAAAUCCAGUUGAAAAACAGAGCAAAGCUCCAAGACCCAAACAGCCAGCUGUUUUCGAUUUCCAGUUCUAUCCAAAGCGUUUAAUCGAGCUUUUGGAUCGUGAAACAUAUCAUUAUCGUAAAGUUAUAGGCUAUAAGGCUGAAAAACCAAAAGAUUGUACCCCUAAAGAGGCUGAUAAACGUCAACGAGAAGAGCAAAAGCUCAUUGACAAUGCUGAAGCCCUUACUGACCAAGAGCAAAAUGAGAAGAACGAGCUACUCUCACAAGGGUUAUCUAAUUGGAACAAACGUGAUUUCCAACAUUUCGUUCGUGCCUGUGAAAAGUAUGGAAGACAUGAUAUCGAAAAUAUUGCCAGGGAAAUCGAGACCAAGAAUUUUGAUGAAGUGGAAGCUUAUGUUAAAAUAUUUUGGGAGCGAUUCGACGAGUUGCAUGAAAGCGAGAAAAUCCUCACACAAAUCGAAAAGGGAGAAGCCCGAAUCCAGAGAAGACAGUCUGUGAAAAAAGCAUUAGAUGCGAAAAUAGCCAAGUACAAAGCUCCAUUCCAUCAACUGCGCAUUGCUUAUGGAACAAACAAAGGAAAAACUUAUACUGAAGAAGAGGAUAGGUACCUUGUUUGUGAGCUUCAUAGACUUGGUUUCGAUAAAGAGACAGUUUAUGAGGAGCUAAGACAAUCAGUGCGUAUGGCUCCCCAAUUUAGAUUUGAUUGGUUCAUCAAAAGUAGGACUGCCAUGGAACUCCAAAGAAGAUGCAAUACCUUAAUUGGUCUCAUUGAAAAAGAAAUGGGUGAAGCUGAAGUUAAGCCAAGAACCAAAAAGACGGGCAAGGAUAUUAAGGAAGAGCCGGCUUCUACUCCCACGGUUGCUGCCACAGUAUCCAAAUCUAACUCUGUAAAGAAAUCUGCGAAGAAGAAGUCCAUUUCUUAA